AUGUCCAAGGACCAAUGCAUUUGCUUUUCAACAUCUUUCUACCCAACAAUCUCUACACCAACAAACGGCGAUCACCACGCCGCCAUAACCGUCAUCGCCGUCAUGGCCGAACAACACGAACCAGACCCAGACCCAGACGCCAUGGAGCUGGAAGAAAUCCACACACAGGAUAGAUGCGAAAGCUACGACGACGACGGCGAGUACGCGCAAUCCGCGGCGACGGUCUCGUCAGGGGAGAAUCGCGUGCCGUAUCUGACUGUUGCGGCGCGGGUUGUUAAUGCGGAUGGGAGGGGGAAUGGUUCGAAUUGCGGUAACGGUGAUGACCAUUAUUGCGACGGGAAGGGUGUGUUAGUAAAGGGAAAGAAGAUCUGGGAUGCUGUCAGCGGAUUCUGGACAAGUCAUGUUGUUCUGGUAGUUCCGCAGAAGAAGAACCGUGAUCAUUAUGCCCUCGAACGAACCUUCCUCGCCUAUAUCCGCACCUCCGUCAUCCUCGCCAUGCAAGGAGUUCUAAUUGCGCAACUGUUCCGCCUCCAACGCUCCAAAUCCCAAGAAGCUUCCGAGCUCACAUACUACGAAGUCGCGAUUCCGUUAUCUAUUGCGUGCCACUGCGUCGCACUGGUUGUUGUCGCGGUUGGCGCUUUUCGGUUCUGGAGGCAGCAGAAUGCUUUGUUUCGGGGGAAGGUGCAUGCUGGGGGGUGGGAGUUGAAUUCGAUUGGCAUGUUGGUUUUUUUAGUUCUGGUUGUGACGUUGGUGUUGUCGGUGGUUAUCUUGGUUCAGUUGGACCGGGGCCCGCCUGCUUAG